UCCUCGGUCCUAGCCCUGUGCCUGUUUUUAUCCCUGGUUUUAUCGCUUUAUCGCUAUUUUUACCCCCAUAUCCCUAUUUUUUAUCCCUAUAUUCCUAUUUUUAUCCCUAUUUCCCUAUUUUUACCCCUAUACCCCUACUUUUAUCCCUAGCUUUUAUCCCGGUACCCCUACUUUUAUCCCUGUACCCCUUUUAUCCCUGUACCCCUACUUUUAAACCUAUACCCCUAUUUUUAUCCCUAUCUCUUAUCCCUGCACCCUUACUUUUAUCCCUGCACCCCUGUUUUUAUCCCUAUAUUCCUAUUUUUUUCCCUUUUACCCCUAUAACCCUACUUUUAUCCCCGUUACCCUACUUUUAUCCCCCUAUCCCUAUUUUUAUCCCUAUAUUCCUAUUUUUUAUCCCUUUUAUCCCUAACCCCCUACUUUUAUCCCUAUACCCCAAUUCUUAUCGCUAUACCCCUACCUUUUUUUCCCCUGUAUUCCUACUUUUUACCCCUACUUUCACCCCUAUACCCCUAAUCUAACCCCUAUAUCCACUUCUCCCACCCCUCUCCCACCCCCACACACCCCCAUGCCCCCCCCCCACCCCGCUCAGCCCCCCCUCCCCAAGCCCUAGGUGCCCCCAGUCGCCCUCCCCCAGCCCCACAGGGCGCCAUGGGGCCGGUGUGGGCGCUGAGCCUGGCCGGGGCGCUGAGCCUGGCCGGGGCGCUGAGCCUGGCCGGGGCGCUGAGCCUGGCCGGGGCGCUGGCGGGUGACAGCGGGGCGCCACGAGCGGUGACACCGGCGGCGCUGGACGCAGGGAGCACCAGCAGCACCGGGGGGGACCCCUCGGGACACGGCCGGGGUCUGGACUGCAGGGACGUGAGGAAGCACAACAGCUCCGAGUGGUGCUGCUUCGUGCGGAGCAACCCUGACUGCCAGCUGGACGGCGGCUUCCUCGACUACCUCGGCGGCAUCUUCUGCGUCUUCCCCGCGGGGCUGCUGCCGCUGGCCGUCACCCUCUACGCCCUGUGGCUCCUCUACCUCUUCGUCAUCCUCGGCGUGACGGCCGAGAAGUUCUUCUGCCCCAACCUGUCGGCCAUCUCCACCAACCUGAAGCUGUCUCACAACGUGGCAGGCGUCACCUUCCUGGCCUUCGGCAACGGGGCGCCCGACGUCUUCAGCACCGUGGUGGCCUUCUCUGACCCGCGGACGGCGGGGCUGGCCAUCGGGGCCGUCUUCGGUGCCGGCAUCUUUGUGACCACGGUGGUGGCCGGAGGCAUCGCCCUGGUCAAGCCCUUCACGGCCGCCUCCAGGCCCUUCCUCAGGGACACCAUUUUCUACAUGUUGGCCGUCUUCCUCACCUUCCUCAUCCUCUACCUGGGCCGCAUCACGCUGGGAGAGGUGCUGGGCUACCUGGGGCUCUACAUCUUCUACGUCUUCACCGUGGUGCUCUGCACCUGGAUUCACCGCAGGCAGCGCGGCAACGGGCUGGCCCCCCCCAGACCAUGGGAGCCAGAGAUGCCGACGGAUGCUGAGGAGCGGGAGUCCUCGGGCACCAACAGCGGGGACUACGGCGAGGAGUACCGGCCCCUGCUCCCAUACCGCGAGACCUCCCUGCACAUCCUCGCCGCCGCCCUCAACCCCUUGGACCACCGCAAGUGGAGGAGGAAGCCCUGGUACUGGCGGCUCUUCAAGGUCUUCAAGGUCCCCGUGGAGCUGGUGCUGCUGCUCACCGUUCCCGUGGUGGACCCCGACAAGGACGACCUGAACUGGAAGAGACCCCUCAACUGCCUGCACGUCGUCACCAGCCCCCUGCUCUGCGUCCUCACCCUCAAGUCGGGUGCCUAUGGGCUGUACCAGAUCCAGGGCAUCUUCCCAGUGUGGGGACUGGUCAUGCUGGUUGGCUCCGUCCUGGCCAUCAUCAUCUUCCUCACCACGACCAACGAGGAGCCGCCCAAGUACCACUGCGUAUUUGCCUUCCUCGGCUUCUUGGCCAGCGCCAUGUGGAUCAACGCCACGGCCACGGAGCUGGUGAACAUCCUGCGGACCAUGGGCAUCGUCUUCCAGCUGAGCAACACGGUGCUGGGCCUGACGCUGCUGGCCUGGGGCAACAGCAUCGGGGACACCUUCUCUGACCUCACCAUGGCACGGCAGGGCUACCCCCGCAUGGCAUUCUCCGCCUGCUUCGGGGGCAUCAUCUUCAACAUCCUGGUGGGCGUGGGACUGGGCUGCCUGCUGCAGAUGACAAGCAGCCAGCUGGUGGUGAAGCUGGAGUCCGACAGCCUCCUGGUCUGGAUCCUGGCCGGAGCCCUGGGACUGAGCCUGGUCUUCUCCUUCGUGGUGGUGCCUGCGCAGUGCUUCCAGCUGGGGAAGGCGUACGGCAUCUGCCUCAUCCUCUACUACCUGGCCUUCCUCUGCGUGGCCCUGCUCACCGAGUUCAGGGUGAUCCGCCUGGCCGCCGCCUGACCGGCCGCGCAGUGCCGCCGUCCCUGCCCUCGGCGUCACGCGCCCGCUCCAGCCUCGGCUUGCUUGUACGUUUUGAGAAGGAAAAAGGAGGCGUUAGGCAUUAGCCGCGUCCUCGCCCCGCUCUGGUUAACCUCGGUUAACGCUGAACAGGGACGAGGUGAAAGGCUCGGCCACCCCCGGGCACAAGGGAGCGAGGCAGCCGCAGGAGAGGUUGCUCCUGGGCACCCGCUUCCCUUCCCUGUCCCCUUCUUGGGGCUGGAGGACACACUGCAGGGGGAAACUGCAAAGUAAAGGCUUGAGUGCAACUUUGGGACUGUCGCUGCAGAGGGCGGCGGGUAUUCGUAACGUGGGGGGUGGGAAGAGCAAAAGAGGGGUUUGAGGUGAGGCAAGGCAGCAGGGCAGAGUGCAAGCGAAGCUGGAAAGCAGCCCACAGGAGGCUGGUUUCUCCUCUUUUUUUUUUUUUUUUUUAAUUUUUUUCCUUUUUUAAGCAAUGUUUUUCAAGCUGGCUUUAGGAAUGCUUCUGCUCCUGAAAGCGCAGACAGAGCUGUAGCAAAGGACGUGGUGCAGAGGUUUCCGCACACGCUGUUAGCCUCUGGCAAAACUAGGUUUAAAUGAUGUAAGAGGAAAAAAAAA